CACUUCCUGAAUCUUUAAUGACAGUUCUUUCCCCCACCCCUCUUUCCUUUCUUACAACAUAGUGAACCGGUAUAUAAACCAGUGAAAUUCCCCAUAUGAACAUGAAUUUCUGAAAACUCCUGUCAACACAAAACUCUUAUUAAGUUGCUCCUGGGAUCCAGCUCACAAUGAAGUUCAUUCCAACAGGUGUUGCCUCCUUGCUGUUGGUGAUGCACUGCAGACUGGUGGCUGGCAAAGCACUGCCAGUGGACUCCCCCAGCCCCCUGUGUGAGAAGAAAUACACAUGCAGCAACAAGGUCUUUGAGCAGAUCCGGAAGCAAGUGAUACUGCUCAACGGGACAGCCCAGGAACUCUUUAACAUCUAUGUGAAAUGGCAAGGUGAUACAUUCAGGAACCACACUGAUAAACUCUGCAACCCUGAUACUAUCUUCUUCCCCGCCUUCCACGUGAACCAGACAAGUGAGAAGAAGGAGAUAGUGGUAGCCCUGUACAAGAUCUUUGCUUUCCUGAAUGCCUCCCUGGGCAACAUCACUAGGGACCAGGAGGAGCUCAACCCCAAGGUCACUGAGUUGCUGGAGCGGCUCAAUAACACCACCAAGACCACUCGGGGCCUGAUGGUCAACCUGAGUUGCCUGCUGUGCACUAGGUACAAUGUAUCUCAGGUAGAUGUGAUCUAUGGUGAGAGCACCAAGGGUAAGAACCUCUUCAAAAAGAAGCAGCAGGGGUGCCAGGUGCUGGCAAAGUAUGUGCAGGUCAUCUCCAAGGCAGCCCAGGUUUUGCUACCUCACAUUAAUGAUGUAUGAGCUGCCAGCCAGACUGGCUGCUAGCAUCUUCUGUUGCACUCCUCAUGCCCUCCAUGCCAACUCAGUGGAGUGGGGAAAAGCAACCAGCGUGAUGGGAGAUCUGCAGGUAGUGACUCAUAAAUGGCAUUGGUAUGGAUGGCAGACAGUUAAUAGGGGGAACACAGCAACCAACUACAGAUGUCAGAGCUUGUGAUGAUCUCUUUUAUGUCACUCACUGUUGGUUUGCGGAGCCUGGCCAGAUUGUUCAAAACUACAUUCUUAAGAAAAGAUGCCUUAAAAUACCCGCUAAGAGAUCUGUCGUGAGAUGGGGUCUGUCAGUACACAAUGGCUUCACAAUCAGAAACUUCUUCCCCUGUGUCUGCCACUUCCAUCCAACUGUCUGCGCUUGCCCAAAGCACCCCCAGAGACUUUAUCGAAAGACAAUUUAUUUUCAAUGAUCCCUAUUGGCCUUAUAUUUAUUACCUUCCUCCCAGUGCCUUUUUAAUAUUUGAAUGUUACCGAGGAUGAUUUAUUUCCAUGAUGAUUGUAUUGCAUUUCUAACUGUUUUUUUAUGAAAUGUCUUAGUGCCCAAGAGCCUUAGAGUGAAGAUGCCAUAGUAAUUAAUUUUUGUUGGAGUGGUUAACUAGGUAAAAUGGGGCUACACUAAGAAAGAGGACAGACAGGUCUUAUCCACCUCUAGCUUUUCCAGGACCUUCUUUCCUCUGACUCACAUGUGGAAAUGAGAUUUGUUGAGGUCCUUUGUGGAAGGUGGGGGUUGGAUGUCACUGCUCAUUCUUGGUCCCUCUUCAGCCUCCACCUACACUUGGUGCCUUCAUUCUUAGUUAGGGAACAAAGCAUUGUAAAUGCACCAGGCCUGCUUAGAGAAACCUCUGUGGAACACAGAGGACUCUAGCUCCACAUGUCACUUACGGGUAUAAGACAGCCAGAGAUAGGGCCUUAAAAACAACAGUGUGAGAUUGACCUCUUUUAGACAGAGGUGCCCAGUUGGUCAAGUUACUGAGUUGGAUGUGGUGGUAACAGAUGCUUUCUCUACCUGGCGGAUAGGUAGAGAGGGUAUCUUUCUAACACACCUGUCCUGUGUAUGCAGGAGGUAAUAUUAGAUGAUCACGUCCUGUGUAUGCAGGAGGUAACAUUAGUGGUCUAGUUGGUGAAUUUGUUAUUUAUGGACUGUUGCAAAGAGAAGUGAGGAAAGGGACAAGCACAAGAGCCAUCAUGCUCUCCGAGCAAUAUUGUAAACUCCCAUGUAUUUACCUUUCCCUGCCAUCUCCUCAUGUGCAUCAGGAGACUGAAUGGCUCAAGUGGACAGCACUUUCUUUUCUAUACUGACAUCUUUGAGUUGCUGACAUUGGAAAUUUGACUGUUUAUUGUACAUUUUGCUCAGAAUGUUAAAUAGGAGUGAUGAGAAAUAUGCUAAAAUUGAAGGGCAAUGGGUAAGAAUUUAGGUGCCAAGCAUCCAGUUGGUGUAGAGGAUCAUUCCCCUUGGUAGUGAAUCAUGGAUUAUGCCAAUUCUUCACUUAUAUUUUGGGGAAGAAGAUGACAACCUGCUCGUGGUCUUCCCUGCUAAGUGUGAAAGCACAACCAAUGUCAUCGCUCCAGUGGUUGAACUUCGUCUUGAACUCGGCUACAAAAGCAAUGGCCGCUUAUAUUUUCAGGAAAUUUGACUUUUCCAGUAGCAGUACCUACUGCAACCUCAUCCCUGUAUUAGGAAAACGUUUUUCUCAUCACAGGGAUAAAAAGGGCUCAAGCCCUGUGAAUGUAAUGAAUAUGCCCUUUUAAAGGGCUCCUUUUUUGUACUGAUUAAUUAUUAGACUAUUCUGGAAGAAAUGUAAUAACUGCACUAUGUGGAUUUAAUGGGGCCUGGCUCUGAUGCCCUUCCUGCUCAGCUCCUUACUCCACAAAAGGGCUGCACUGUCUAGCAGGGGAGACGGGAUCAGAAUCUGGUGCCUAGUGCUGUAUGAAUGUUGGCCUUGAUUCCCCUUGUGCACUAGUUUAAAAUCAAGAGUCAAAAAGGUGAAUGUCUGAACCACUUUGCCACCAUACCACAGUUAAAUUCCUGUGUAGCUACAAAGGGACUGGGCCUGUGAUCGAACUGAUCCUCGUUUUCUCCCUAAAGUAGGCAAUAUUAAUAUUGUCAUUUACCACAUUUACAGAUGGGGAAACCAAGGCAGUGAGAUUCUGACUUCUGCUUUCCUGUGCUCAACUUGAGGCACCCAGAACCUGAUUUUUAUAUAAAUCAACACAGCAGCAACUGCAGAGAAAGUCAACAAACUGCCUUACCUCUGAGAAUCAUGUCUGGGUGCUUCAGGUUGGUCACAAAUAGCUUAAAUUUUACCACCUUAAUUCCAAUGAACUUUGGAGGAUGCAUUAUAAGUAUUCUUAUACUGACAUGUGAAACUUGUACCCAGAGGUAGCCCAAGCCAAGGAACAAGGAGCACCUGAGCUUGGCAAAUUGCUUGAAUUCUGUGAAUUCAGUUUCCCUUGUUGUUUAUUGGUGCAAAUUUUUGGUUGUACUCCUGCACAUGAGAAGCAAAUCCAUGCAGCUUUCCCCAUCUGUGCAAUAGCCAUAGUUCUGUUCACUUACCUCCAGGGAAUAUAGGGAGGCCCUGUACUGUGUGGCGAUGUGAGUGCUAAUUUUUAUGAGCUGGACUAACUAUUUAUUUGCUUCACGGCAACAGGGUAGUUUGUGUGUCUUGGUGUCUGUAAAGCAUCAGGUAAUCUUAUGCUACUAGGUACAUGUUUGAAAUGUCUUUUAAUAAUAUUAUUAAUAAUGAUAAUAUAUUGUAUAAUAUUUAAAAUAUUUAUUUUUUUAUACUUUGCCUUUUUAAAAAAUAAAUAUGUUGAAAUAGU